GGGUGGGAGAUGAGCCAUGAAAGUGGUAUAUGAAUGGGAUGCUCUGCCCGGUCUGUCCAUGAUCAUCAUCAGCAUCUGAAACAGAAAUACGAAGCUCCAAGAACCGUCUUCUGCCACACCCAAGAACUUCAACUCAGGCAACCAUGCAGUACCUCAAGUCCAUCAGCCUUCUGGCAUGCCUCUUGGUCGCUAGCGACGCAGCCGUCGUCAAGCGUUCCAACUGCCGAGCCGGUCAAACAACCAUCGACGGCCAACUCUUCACAACUCAAUGUGAUGUCGACCGAGCAGGCAACAACUUCGGCAACCCAGUCCGCACCACCCCAUCAGGCUGCGCCGCCGCCUGCGCCGCAGACUCCACCUGCGUGACAUCCCAAUACAACACCGGCAACGGCUUCUGCUACCUCAAGAACUCCCCCAACCAACUCUCCCUCGUCCCGGGCACCAACACCUACGACCGCGGCAGCGGUUGUACUUCCAACAUCAACGUCAGUGGCUGCACUGUUCAAUGCGAUACUGACUCACCUGGAAAUGACAUUUCUGGAACUUAUACGGGUAGCUAUGCGCAGUGUGCGGUGCUUUGUAAGGAGAAUGCGCAGUGUGUGACGGCGCAGUAUAAUGCUGGCAAUGGGUAUUGUUAUCAGAAGAGUAGGGUUAAUGGGGAUGGGUUCCGACCUGUUGCGGGUACGCAUAGUUUGGUUUGCCCGCACUAGAGGUCUUGCUGGUGCGAUGCGAUGGAAUUGAUGGUGCUAUGGUAGAUGGGUAAAGGGUUUAUGAUAUAUGUAUGUGACGAAUGAUCAAAUUUCAUGUUGAAUACCACGACCAGGAAUUGAUGAGAGCAUAUGAUACUGUGUCACUCAGAG